AUUAUGUAGAUUCCUCCUGAUUUCACAUGGCUUGGGUACAUUCAGUGUGAUAUAUAUGUGCAUGUAUAAAAAGCCUUCCAAAGUUGGAGGAUCAUGUGCUUGAAGGAAAUCUGAUUCUGAUGUCUUUUUGGGUUAUGAUUCUGAAAUCUGUCUAUAACCCAACCAUGAGUUAAUUAGUUUAGAUUCAUUUUGGGAUCAUAAUGGAUCUGUCUAUUGGAAGCCAUGGCAUACAAGAUUCUUUGAGGUGGGUUGGGUUGGCUGUUAGAGAUGGAAAUACUAGUGUUUUAGAGUGAAGAUUCCAUGGAGAGUCUCUAGAGUUUUUAAGAGCUGGGUUUUGUUCACAAGUGAGAGAUUUUAGCUUCAGAGGUGAAGUUCAUAGGAUAGGUGUUGGCCAUGACAAUGUCCUUCCACCCAUUAAAUUGCCCGCCAGUUGUUCUAGGUAAUGUAAAUAAGAAUAAAACCCAGUUCAGAAAUCCAUCUGUAGCAGCACAAACAUCUUCAGAGCCUAUACACUGUGAUGAGAGUGGAAACUUACUUGAAUCCAAGAGGAAUUUGGCUCUAAAAAGAUGUCAGGCCCCAAAUUCCCUGCUCAGCCAACGAAAUACAGUUGGAAUCAUUGGAGGGGUGUCUGUCUUUUCUACUCUGAUUUUCUUGGAAAAGCUUGUCCUUUGGAGUUCUAAAGAUGGACAAGGAUGUAUGCCUUUCGUUGUCUGCAGCGACCCAGCAAUAAGUACAGGGCUUCCAGUUCUUGGCUCAUUUCAUUCAUUCAAGGGUAAAAAUGAUAAAAUCCAAUUCAAUCAUGACCCAAUAGUGGGGAAUCUGCAGCGCAAAAGGGUGUUUCUUGAGCAGUCUGGAGCUCGUUGCAUAGUCAUGCCAUGCCAUCUCUCACAUGCGUGGCACAGUGAGAUUUCUGAGGGAUGUUCUUUACCUUUCCUUCAUGUAGGUGAGUGUGUUGCCAGGGAGCUCAGCGAAGCAAAGCUCAGGCCACUUGAAGCUGGAAGUGAUGUGCGAAUUGGUGUGCUUGCUACACAUGCAGCUUCAAUCUCUGGUUUUUAUCAGGAGAAACUACGAAGUCAGGGCUUUGAGGUUGUGUUGCCAGACCAAGCAAGCAUGCAGCACAUUGUACUUCCUGCAAUUGAUGCAAUGAACAGAAGAGACAUUGAAGGGGCGAGGAAUCUCUUAAGAAUUGCUAUCCAACUUCUCUUGGUGAGGGCUGUGAACACUGUCAUCCUUGCUUCUGAUGAAAUGCAUGGUCUUCUGCCUCAUGAUGAUCCUCUUCUAAAGAAAUGUAUUGACCCCAUGGAUGCUUUGGCCAGGUCAACUAUAAAGUGGGCUAAAUCUACAUAAAAGGUGCAUUAGAAAACCUAGCAUCAUCACCGAAAAUAUGUACAAGUUCUUUGAGUCAUCACGGUUGGAAUAUGCUGGUGUAUCAAAAAGCAGUGCCCAUGCUUGUAUAUUGUUGAGUCUAUGAAGGCUAUGAAGGGUGGUAAGCAGAAAGACCAUACCAAAGAAUAGAAUUGGACAUGUGACUCGCUUUGUGUUAAGGCAUGGCUUAGAUGGUAUUUGUAACGACCUAGGAAAAGUGGUAGCCACAUUUGCGCUAUCACUCUAAAAGAACUAGUCAAUUUGAAAUUUUCUAUAAUCACUUAUAAAGCACAGUUUCACCUACUAAGAAACUCGUAUGAGACUUAGUGUCCUUGAGUAUCUUUAUGAUUUUUUUCU